CAAAAGCUUGACACCACCCACCACACACACCAAGUUGGCUAACAAAUCACGCUUCUUCUUCUUCUUUCUCCUCCUCCGUGAACCAGUAUUUAGGGACUUCUGUUCCUCACAACACUUCUUUUCUCUUAACAAAACCCAACCUUUUUCUUUCUUUCUUUUUUCUCUCAAUUAGUAUCUUUACAGUUCAUGGUACUCUGCCUCGCUUUCUCCCUCCACCUUUUUGUUCUUGUAUAUAUUAGAACACAGAGAAAACAUUUCCAUGCUUGGUAAAGAAGAAGAAAAGAUGGAAUUGCCUCCCGGGUUUCGAUUCCAUCCUACUGACGAAGAGCUUAUAUCACACUACUUGUUCCAAAAAGUGCUUGAUAGUUGUUUCUGCUGUAGAGCUAUUGGUGAGGUUGAUUUGAACAAGUGUGAGCCUUGGGACUUACCCUCGAUGGCUAAAAUAGGUGAGAAAGAAUGGUAUUUUUUCUGUGUUAGAGACAGAAAGUACCCAACAGGGUUGAGAACAAACAGAGCAACCGAUGCUGGUUAUUGGAAAGCUACGGGGAAAGAUCGAGAGAUUCAUAAGGCUAAAACACUUGUUGGGAUGAAGAAAACUCUUGUUUUCUACAAAGGAAGAGCACCAAAAGGAGAAAACACCAACUGGGUUAUCCAUGAAUACAGAUUAGAAGGCAAAUACUCAGCCUACAAUCUCCCCAAAACAGCCAGGAAUGAGUGGGUUAUUUGCAAGGUGUUUCAAAAGAGUUCAGGAGGAAAGAAAACACAUAUUUCUGGAUUGAUGACGCUGAGCUCCGAUAGCAACGAAUUCCACCAGUCCUCGUUGAUAAUACUGCCUCCAUUAACGGAUUCAUCGCCAAACAGCAGUGACAACAGAACAACCAACCCCAUAGUUGAUAAUACACCUCACGUGACCUGCUUCUCCGAUCCAAUAUUGGAGGACCAGAAAUCCCAAGUUGACAUGAUUAUUAACAAUAGCUUUAAUACCUCCCCUGCAUCGACACUAUUCGAAAAAUCCUCUGUUCCAGUCUCGUCAUUAUAUUCCUCUCAAUUUGCACCAAAUUUCUGGAAUCAGCAGUACCCAGAUGGUGUUUUGAUGCCAGAACAGUCUAUAUUGAAGUUUUUGCUAGACAACAAUUGUGCAAACAUGAAGCAGAAAUCAAAAGAAUUCUCACAAGGUACCGAUAUCUCUUCGGUUGUAUCGAAUCAUGAUUUGGUUGAUGAUCCAUCAAGUUCAGGUGGACCAGUAGACCUUGAUUGCCUUUGGAAUUAUUGAGGAUUGAAGUUGGUGGAGUUGAAGAACAUAGAAGGUAGAAUUUUGUGGAAUUGUUUAGUACUGUCAUGAAAAUUGUGGCAUGUCUGUGUUUAUUGUAAAUUCUCAGCAUCCAAACAACAAGAAGUGAAAGUAUAGAUUUGCGGUAGAAGAUCUUGAACUCCAUGUAUCAGCCUCUUCUUCUGAUUUAAUCCAGAUUGCACACUGUCAUGUUGUCAACUUGCUUGUAUAUAAAUUUCAUGCCUGAAACUUGUGUAACUGAUUGGAAUCCAAUGGACUGAAUUAUAGUUCUUCUUCUUCAUUC